AUGAUGAUGCAACCACCUGCUGAGUCCUCGUUCAGGAAAGACGACUCGUCCAGAGACACUUUAGCGCUAAUGUUCGAUUUGGACUCGAAGUCCUUUUCAGCUUCUGGGAUGACCUCUUUGGCCAAUGCCACGUCGGACUUCUUCACACGCACAGUCACUGCUGGCUCCAUAAGAGCAAACAGUCCUUCCUCAAUUAGCAAUUUCAAGAGAGGCUUGUAUUUGGCAGCGUCAUGCGAUAGCUUGGCAAGUUCCUCACCAGCGUCCUUGAAAAUGGCCUCCAAAGCUUCCUCCUUGGUGGCAAGAAUCUUGAGUCUGGUCUUGUUGGCAAUUGUAGACUUGCUCCAAAAACAGCUCUUCCCAGACACCUAUAAAGAGGGAGGCGAGAGAAUCACAAAACAUAAUGCUCUUUUAAUCAAACUCGCCCACGAGCACUUGAAGGAUAACCAGCUUUUGGGGAAAAAAUGCUCGCUCAAUGAGCCCAUCAAGUUCAAUCUUCCCAAGCUACAAGGUGACAAUCUUAAUGAACAUUUUUACCGGCUAGGAAUGGAAAGCUUGGAGCCAUAUCAAGAAACUGUAGACGAACUUUUGAGUAUAAAAACUGAUGUUCAGCCUUUACCUAAAAGUUGGCUUUUCAAAAGUGGUUGGAUCAGGUAUGCCCCUGGCAAGGAGCCCGAAUCAGUGCCAUAUCCGUUGGAAAAAGGUCUGGUUUUCGAUGUUGAAGUUCUAUACAAGAUAAGCAAAUACCCAGUCAUUGCUACAGCAUAUUCCCAUAAAGCAUGGUAUGGCUGGGUGUCUCCAUUUUUGACCGGAGAGAGCGACACCCUUGAUGGACAUUUAAUACCAAUGAACUUGAAAAAUGAAAAAAAGAUAAUUGUGGGUCACAACGUUUCAUACGACAGAGCGCGUAUAUCGGAUGAAUACAACCUGACCCAAUCCAAGGCAUUCUAUCUUGAUACCAUGUCUCUCCAUGUGGCAGUCAGUGGAAUGUGUUCUCGUCAAAGAGGAACCUGGAUGAGAUACAGAAAGUUUAAAGAAGAGGAAGGUGAAGAAUCCGGAUCUCUAGCUCAGCUUAGAACAGAAUCCAAUUCCGAGUCGUUGAAGGAGCUUCUUGAUAACCCCAGUUUGGAUGCAGAUGACAAGUUGAGCAGUUUCUUGAUUGAUGAUCCUUGGCUGAGAACAAGUAGUUUGAACGGACUGAAAUACGUCGCAAACCACCAUUGUGGAAUCAAGUUAAAGAAAGAGACUAGAGACAUUUUUGAAACCACAAACCCUCAAGAGAUUAUUGAUGAUUUCCAGAAUUUGAUGACAUACUGUGCUACUGAUGUUUCUGCAACCUACCAAGUGUUUUACAAAGUCUAUCCCGAAUUUAGAAAACUGGUUCCUCAUCCAGUUAGUACAGCUGCUUUGAGACAUUUGUCACAGUCGUUUCUACCAACUAACGGCACAUGGGAGGACUAUAUCACUAGAACGGAAAACAUGUACCAGGAAAGUGUCGAGACCAUCGAGAGAAACCUCAAGGAGAUGUGCAAAAAAGUUGUUUCCAUGAAAGAUGAUCCUUCCAAACCUUGGUUAAAAGAUCCAUGGCUUUCUCAGCUAGAUUGGACAAUCAUUCCACCAAAGCUGACUAAGAGUGGUACUCCGUACAAACGGCAAAAGAUGCCUGGGUAUCCUGAAUGGUACAAAAAACUAUUUGCUAAAGAUGAAAUGAACCUGACUCCAAGGUCAAGAGUCACUCCUUUGCUGCUGAACCUUUCCUGGGAGGGUAAACCAGUGUAUUGGAUUGAUACUUACGGAUGGUGUUUUCUGGUUGAAUUGGAUGAGAUCGAAACCUUUAAGUCCAAAAACUACAUUCAUUUGG